GCGUGCAUAUACGUCCAGUGAGUGUGCAUGUGCGCACACAUGUGCGUGCGGUCACCCAGAGGGGCAACUUGCAAGGCAGGGAGAAGGAAGGGGUCUCCACUGACCUCGCCCCGUGCUCCAGAUGGCUCUGAUUGGCUAGGACUCAGGAAUCCCAGCCAAUCCAGCCUGAGGGUCCUAUUUUUCUUGAGCUCGGUGGGACCAGCCCCUACACUGGAGCGAAUCCGCCAGGUGGACCCAACUACCCUGGUGAUCCAGCUGGGUGUCUACAGCGGUCUGGACCUACCACCUCUCUGGAUGUUGGAUGUUGAAGCCCAGAAGCCCCCUCCGGGCAAAUGGACCACACCGCACUUCGACCCGCGCUUCCCCAAUCAGAACCAGACCCGUAACUGCUACCAGAACUUCCUGGGUGAGACUCGGUGGGCCAGAUGGGAGCAGUACUACCACCGUUGUAUGAAGUCCACGAACCGCCGCGGGAAGAACACACAGCCCUGCGAGUACUAUUUCCGCGUGUUCCACUCACUGUGUCCCAUCAGCUGGGUGCAACGCUGGACCGAGCAGAUCAAGCAAGGGACGUUCGCCGGCAAAAUCUGACUCCCUUUGGAGGCAUCAGCCCCCAGUGACCGUUAGCCUUCUGCCAAGACUCAGCCUUGGUUUCCAACCUCCAACCCCAGUCUCUAAGCCACAAAUAAACUUAUAGU